AAGACAGAUUAGCUAAAGAAAGGGAGAAUCGUGAAUAAUCUUCAUGUUAUUGAGACAGGAGAUGCAACGUGAUGUCUUCAUGUUUACAAACGGCACAAUUUACCGCCUGUGAGGUUUGUAGGUGAGGUGUCAGUCCAGGUGGAGUGUGGGACUCUUUCCUCCCCUGCCCUGCGUUUGAAUGGUGCGCUGUCACUUGACUGUUGUUCAUUAACGUGUGGCGGACGGGCAGACUGGAGGAUCACUGAUCUCCAGCCUGCACUCGAGGACCAACGGGCGUGAAACCUGCCACGGAUCCGUUUGUGUUUGCUCGCCUGGUUGUGCGGCUGGAUCUCGGACAAAAGGUUUUUUUUCUUUCCCGCGUCUGGAUGCGUGACGGCGAACCCAGGGACGGGGGACACUUCUGCGUAGUCGCCGAAGGGUCCUGCUCAACUCUUGUUUCUGGCCUCACAUCGUCGAUCUGCUCAGGCGAGCGAAUGUAAAAAGCUGCAUUCGGCCGUCUCUUCGCCAGGACAGCGUUUUUUAACUUUUUGACAUGUAGAAAUCCUGGAAGAGACACAACAAUUCUCAGGGAAGAAGGAAAAUCUCGGGGGAAACAUGUACAGCUCACACUGUUUGCCUUACCUGGGAGUUUUAAUCGUGGCGGUGGUAGGAAACAUUCUGGAGGACUGUCUGUCAUCGAACAAAACGUACACCAUGAAUGUGGUGCUGCUGGAGGACAACACCUACGGGUGGAGUCGGCCGUUUGUGCAGGCGGCUGUGGAACGAGCCAUUGAAAAGGACAAGCAGCAGAAUGAUGAACAUGGCUUAGACUUCAAGUUGACGGCUAACUACAGCGGCUUCGACACCACGGUGUACAACCGGCAGGGCUGUGGGAGCAGCACCUGCGAGGGAGUGGCAAUACUCAAGAUGCUGCACAGUAAGAAUGAAGUUGGAUGCAUCAUGCUGGGGCCGUCCUGCACUUACGCCACCUUCCAGUUAGUGGAUGAUGAAAUCGGCCUGAACCUGAGCAUUCCCAUCAUCUCCGCUGGGAGCUUCGGCCUCUCGUGUGACUAUAAGCCCAAACUGACCCGAAUUCUGCCUCCAGCGCGAAAGAUCUCAGACUUAUUAAUCAACUUUAUGAUGACAGCCUUGCCGUUUAAGAAGAAAUGGAAGCAGGUCUACGUCUACAAGAAGUCCAGCAAUGUAUCAGAGGACUGCUUCUGGUACAUCAACGCAUUGGAAGCCGCCUCUGCCCGCUUUGCCUCAAACACAACGAGAGAAAUGCUGCGUGGCGAGGAGGAUCUGACGAGGGCCCUCGCCAAUAAGAGAAGACACAGCAACAUUUUCAUCUUAUGUGGGAACCCUGACGACGUUGUUUCGAUAAAGCAGACGUCCGGUCGCAUUGAUGAGGAAAUCAUGUUCAUUCUCCUUGAUAUUUACAACCCGGAGUAUUAUGUCAACACGACAUCCAGUAAGGCGAUGCAGGAUGUGCUGGUCAUCACUCUGCCGCGGAGGAACUUCAUCUAUGGAUCAAACUCAACGCACAACGACACGAUAAACGACUACGUGGCCGGGUAUCACGAUGGAGCUCUGCUGUUCGGCAAAGUGCUCCGAGAGAAGAUGCUCAGCAAACAACAAAACCGCACUUAUGAUCUGCCUCUGGAUGACAACCCUUUUGUUAACGUCUCCUUUGACGGAAUGGGAGGACACUAUGUGCUCGAUGAGUAUGGCGACAGAGACGUCAACUUCUCUAUGAUUUACACAUCCACCGUCACGGGGAAGUACGAAACGCUGGCCGUGUUUGACACAUCGCGAAAUGCCACCACAGUGAUAGACACACACCCCGCGCUGCAGUGGAACGGUCACCUACCUUCUGAUGUGCCAAAAAAUCCAAAUGACUUCGACAUGCAGGACGUGAUUGUGAUCGUACUGAGUCUCAGUGUGAUCGUGGUGACAGCCAUCGCUCUCAUCUUCUACAGGCAGAACAGGAAAGAGCGUCUUAUGCAGAAGAAGUGGUCUCACAUCAACCCGCUUCUGAUUGGUCCGCUGGAUGAGAAGGAGGUGUCACUGAAGAUCGAUGACGAUAAGAGGAAGGACAGCACAUUCUUCAAUCAUCGAGGCCGCUAUGACAAAAAGCCUGUCAUCUUGAAAGAGUUGAAGCAGACAGACGGAGACUUCACAGAGGACCAGAGGAUCGAGCUGAACACUCUGCUGCGUAUAGAUUACUACAACCUGACAAAGUUCUAUGGAACGGUGAAGUUUGAGUACGGUGUGUUCGGGGUGUUUGAGCUCUGUCAGCGAGGCUCCCUCAGGUACAUUCUGAAUGACAGGAUCUCUUACCCAGACGAAACCUUCAUGGACAUGGAGUUCAAGAUAUCAGUCAUGUAUGACAUAGCAAAGGGCAUGUCAUAUCUCCACUCCAGUAACAUCGAGGUCCACGGUCGCCUCAAGUCCACCAACUGUGUGGUGGACAACCGCAUGGUGGUCAAGAUCACUGACUUUGGCUGUCACACCAUCCUGAGGCCCGGCAGAGACGUGUGGACGGCCCCGGAGCAUCUUCGUAAAGAUGGGGUGUCUCAAAAAGGCGACGUCUACAGCUAUGCCAUCAUCGCUCAUGAAAUAGUCAUGAGAGGGAGCCCGUUUUAUACACGGAACUGCUCCGAUCCUGCAGAGAAGAUCAACAGGGUGCAUUACCCCGAUGGAUUAAACGUCUUCAGACCUGACCUCAACUUUGAAGGGGCAUCAGAAAGAGAGGUGGAGCUGUUCAUCGUGAUAAAAAACUGCUGGGAUGAAGACCCAGAAAAAAGGCCAGAUUUUAAGAAAAUAGAGUUAACUCUGGGUAAGAUUUUCAGUAACCUGCACAACCAAGCCAGUGAGACGUACAUGGACAACCUGAUCCGUCGCCUGCAGAUGUACUCCAGGACUCUGGAGAAUCUGGUGGAGGAGAGAACCUCUUUGUACAAAGCUGAGAGGGACAGAGCCGAUCGCCUCAACUUUAUGCUACUUCCUGGUCCAGUGGUGCGUUCACUGAAGGAGACGGGCAAAGUGGAACCGGAGCUGUUUGAGGAGGUAUCCAUCUACUUCAGUGACAUCGUGGGAUUCACCACUCUCUGCCACUACAGCACGCCCAUGGAGGUGGUGGACAUGCUCAACGACAUCUACAAGAACUUUGACAGCAUCCUUGACCACCACGAUGUCUACAAGGUUGAAACAAUAGGAGAUGCGUACAUGGUUGCAUCAGGUUUGCCCAAACGCAAUGGUGACAGACACGCAGUGGAUAUCGCCCACAUGGCCCUGGACAUCCUGGCAUUUGUAGGGACUUUUGAGUUGCAGCACCUGCCCGGCAUCCCUCUGUGGAUACGGAUCGGAGUGCAUUCAGGGCCGUGUGCAGCGGGAGUGGUGGGGAACAAGAUGCCUCGUUACUGUCUAUUUGGCGAUACAGUCAACACUGCAUCGCGCAUGGAGUCCACGGGCCUCCCUCUGAGGAUUCACGUCAGCCAGUCCACCAUCAGCAUCCUGCAGAGGACAGACUGCAAGUUUGAGUACGAAAAACGAGGAGAGACGUACCUGAAGGGUAAAGGCAAGGAGAUGACGUACUGGUUAACGGGAGUGACUGGGGGGAAAUACAACCUGCCCACACCACCAACAGCGGAGAAUUUCCAGCGGCUCCAGCAGGACCUGUCGGAGAUGAUAUUGUCCAGUCUGGAGAACCGUGGAGUUGGAAGCGAGGGCUUCAAAAACAGGAAGACCCUGUCCACCAAAAUCCGUCGGAGAGACACCAACAGCAGCCUGCGGGGGAGCGGCCCGCCGGAGUACUUCCACCUGGCUGUCACCGAAAACCCCAGCACCUACCUGUGAGGAGAGCAGACGUCAAAGUACGGCUCUACCAACUCAGCCCCACUGACAUCAGAUUAACUGUUUAUCAGUCAAUGUUUUGCUAAGAGGAAAAAUCAACCCCCAAAUUAUUUAAUAUACCAUGAAAUAUGUUUGUGGGGUUUUGUUGUGUUGGAGUAGCUCGUAUGAAUAAGCCUGCUCCUCCUUUAUGGUGUGGAACUGACACCUUCUACCAUAAAAGAUAACAUCAUUGUAGCCGUGUACUCUGCAUCAGUACGUGUGCAAUGUUUUCCACGGGGAAAACAAAAGGAACCAACUGGCCCUGAAGGGAAGCAAACACAAGCAAUAUCUGCCAGUGUUCAUUUUGAUAUUGUCACUUGGGGGCGCCAAAGCUUUACACCUCUAUGCAUGUGGGGACAGUGAUGGACUUUUCUUACAUGUUUCAAUAAGAAACCUCAUGGGUUCGAGCCUUUUGUAGUUUGUAACGCAGAGCCAACAGCUUCUCCUGCCAUGUGGACAACGAUAAGUCACACACAGUUACUGCAACCGCGACGUGGAUUUGAGCUGUUAUAAAACAAAUGGGCAGCUUUCUACAAAAGGAAUCCAAAUAAUGGGAUUGAAUGUACUCUGUCUUCACUCUAUUUAGAUGUUGCCUGCAGGGAGCUUAUUGAUUGACAAAGUUUGAUAAAACCUAUUUACCGUGUAAAUUCCCUUCUGUGCUUUAAAGACAGUGAAACUAUUUUUAAACUGUACUCGUCAUAAUAAAGUAGAGAACUGAGAA